UGACAGAGGUGUAGUAUCCGUCCUUGUGGUGUGUGCUUUUGUUGUUACAAUCGUAAAUGAAUUAUGUGAGUGAAUAGGAUAUUAUUUUCAAUUUCAUAUGAAGAGAAUGCUGAAGAUACCUCCUCCAAAAAGGCCAUUAUUUUGUAUGAGAUAAGGUCAGAGCCCUUCGUACAAAUAAGUACCAACCGUUUGUCAUGGCAACUGCAGCAGAGAUUGAAGAUCUCAUGACAGGACCUCUUGUUACAUGGUUCAUUUCUUGCUUGGAGAAUGCUGACAGACUUUCUGAGUAUGAAGAUCUCACUGAUGGGGUUCUUAUUCAUGAAAUUCUGCUACAGAUAGAUCCAGAGCCAGCACAUCAUGGAGUAAUUCCAAGUUUGGGAAAUGUGUCAGUUCGCAUACGUAAUAUGGACAUCAUAGUUAAGAACAUCAAAGCCCUGUAUGAGGAAGAGUUGUGUCAAGUUCUGCUGGUGGCCCCAGACUGUGUGACGCUUGGCAGGGAACCAGCUAGCAAAGCUGGCAUGGAGAACAUGCAGCUGUUGCUCCUGCUGCUUUUGGGAUGCGCUGUCCAGUGCCCUAAUAAGGAGACGUUCAUUGACAGAAUUAAACAGUUGGAUGUUCAAGUGCAACAUGCCAUUGUUGAUUGCAUCAGGCAGGUGACAGACAGUCAUAACAUUGUACUGACUCAGGAUGUAAUAAGUGAAACAUUGCCACCUGAUCUUAUGGUGAUGCACAUUCGAAGGCUAGUACGAGAGAGAGAUGAAUAUUUGCAGCAUUGGACAGUGUCAGUGAUUCAGGAGAGAUCAGCAGGAGCUGACAGUUGCAAUGGCCAGCAGAGGAAAGCCUCAACACCAAUGUCAGAAGGAGAGUCGCAUCAUAUGGCUGUGGAGCUUGCUGACUGGAAAGCUCGGCUGAGAAAACAGCGUCAGGAACUUGAGGAAAAAUCAGAAGCACUAGUUGAGUGCAAAGAAGAUCUGGAACAUAACAAGAUACUAAUAACUAAACUACGGCAAGAGGUUCAAGAGCUGAUGCAGGAUGCUAGAGCUGCUAAAGCAUACCGGGAUGAGCUUGAUGCUGUACGUGAGAGGGCGGAACGCGUGGAGAAGCUGGAAUUGGAAGUGCAACGAUACCGUGAAAAACUGAGUGACAUUGAAUUCUACAAGACACGUGUUGAGGAGCUAAGAGAGGACAACAGGGUUCUGCUUGAAACAAGAGAAAUGUUAGAAGAACAACUGCAGAGAGCCCGGAAACGUGGGGAACAUGUGCUGGAACUGGAGAGUGAGAUCAUCAAGUACAAGCAGCAGCUUAAUGACUUCACACUGGAAAGGGAAGCCAACCAAGAGAAGUUACAGGAGCUCUUUGAAGAAAAUGCUCAGCUUCAAUUGCUGACUAAGUCUGCUCUUAAUGAAAACUCUACUCUUGAUAUUGAAAGUGACAACACGGAUGAUUUUGAUGGAGGGUCUGGAGAUAAUAGUUUAUCAGAGCAGUUAAGUAGCAAUGCACAGGCUCGUGCUCUCAAAUUGGAACUCGAGAAUCGUCGGCUCCUAUCAACAAUUGACAGCCUUAAGGAAUCGUCAUUUCAUGAGAGCAGCAACAAAAUCCUUGAGCUUGAAAAGGACAGGAAGAAACUAUCUCUAAAGGUUGAUCAGUUGCAAGAAAAUUGUCAGAGGUUAACUCAACAAAAUAAUGAAUUGGAACAGUUGUUUAAAGAUGCCUUAACAGAGAACAGAAAGCUUCAAGACUCUAUAGAAGUUUUAAGAUUAAAUUCUGACAAACAACAUCAGGAAUUGCAGGCUGACAAGGCUCAGAUAGAAGAGCUUGAGAAACUUGUUGAGAAUGUGACAAAGGAAAAACAAAGAUUGCAGUGCCUCAUAGAAAGUGUCCAGCGUCAUGCAGAUGAGUUGGAGAGGAUAAAUGAGAUAGCCAAUCAGCAGGCAGAGACUUGGAAAUCAGAAGCUCAGCAUGUUCCUGAGCUCCGAACUCAGUGCAGUACAAGCCAGGCAAAAAUGGAAAGCCUGGAAAAGGAUAUUCAGAGUCUACAGAGAGAGCUGGCUAAAUUACGAGAAUCUCUCGAGGCUAAAGAUGUGGCUCUUGAUCAGUGUGCAAGCAACACUGCUUCCAAGGAGAAGGAGAGAAGUAGACUGUCCAAGGAACUGGAUGAGGCAACAGCACAGAUCACAAGGCUUCAUGAGGUGGAACGAGAGAGUCAAGAAUUGGCAAGUCGUGCAGCUGUGGAUAGAGAGACGCUGGCUACACUCCAGAGUGAUUUGGUUACCCAGAAGCUCAACACCCAGCAGCUGAGAAGCAAUUUGGAAAAGAUGGGGCUCAGCCUUGAUCAGUUGAUGGACCCAGAUGUUGCCUUAGAGAAGAUAGUGUCAAGCCCAGAGGUCGUACGGGCUGUAAGAGAGUUGCUUGCUAAAGAAGAGGGUACAGAGCUCUGUAGACAGUGCAAGUUAACACAGCAGGCUUCUGCUGAGGAACAGAACAAGAACAAGGAACCUAGUCCUGAUGUUCAAUCUCUCAGAUCUGAUAAUGAGUCUUUGAGUCGUCAGUGUGAAGAGUUGCAUCAGGAAUUGGCUGUAUUGCAGAGCUCAGCUGAUAGCUUUCAUUCUGACAAUGCAAAGUUGCAGGUCACUGUAGCAACAUUACAGUCACAAGUGUCAUCCCUUUCAACUCAACAUACAGCGCUACAGCUUGCCAAUUCCCAGCUGGUUGCUGAGAAAGAUGAGCUUGUGAAGGAGCGCAGCUUGCAGCAGUGUGCACACCAGCAGCUGCUUCUUGACCAAGUGACGCUGCAGUCUCUACAUGAACAGUUGACUACAGAGUAUGAGAACCAGUUGAGAGAAAAGGAAGGACUUAAGACAACUCAGCGAGACCUCCGCAAUGAAUUGAGGGCACUGAAAGAGCUGUGCGCCCGGCAGGAGGCAUCCCAAAAUUUGCUGGAACAAGAAAAAGAAAAACUGAAGGCAGAAUCUCGGUCCCUUGGGAAUUUGAGAGCAGAACAUUCCAGUCUAAAAGAUGAUUUUCGUAACCUGUUCACCGCAAGCGAGAAGUUGAAGCAAGAGUACCGUAGCUUGCAGGAAGAGUAUCGGUCUCUUCGCAGUGAGAAUGGCAGCUUGAAGCUGCGGCAGACUGAGGUGCAGGGUGAAUUGGCCAAAUCCAAUGACCAUAACACUCUCCUAGAAGUUGAAGUGUCUAAGCUGAACAACAGAUGUGAGAUGUUACUGCAGAUGAACACAGGACUAGAAGAUGACCGUCGCUCUCUAAUGGAUCAUGUAUCGCUGCUGUUGAGUCAAUACCAUGAGCUGCUUACACACUCUCUGGAAGAUAAGGAGCAUUAUCACACGGAGGAGAAGAUGUUCACAGACAGACUGAACAAUCUCUGUCGCCAGAAAGAAAAACUCGAGGAGAAAAUCAUGGAACAUUACCGUAAACUGGACAGCUGCUCCACAAAAAAGAAAAGUUUUGGUGCUACACUUGUGAAAAGAGUCAGGAAAGCUGGAUCAGACUUCAUGAACAAGGUACCAAGAAACCGCCGGUCUUGGCAUGAAGACAGUAGGCAUGCUGAAAGCCAGGUGACUUUGUCCCAUGGGUCAGAAUCUGGAGAAGGGGGAAAUGAAUCAGAUGUUAGCUUAGAUGAUCUGAAGAGUCAUUUCCUUCCAGAAUCACACAAUUCACAUGGCCUUGCCCAUAGCACACUGAGCUUGGGCAGUGCAGGAACCCGUAGGACAGUGUACUACACAGGAGAGGACAACAGUGCGACAGGACAGGAAUCAUUUAGCAAGGAGCAAGAUGUAACAUUUGAUAAUGUAACAGCUCCAGAAGCACCAUGCCCUUCCACACCACAGGAUUCAAGGUCAUUUCUUGUGUACAACCGUAUAUCAACUGUAAUUGGUGGAGUGGAUGAGUCUAGUCAGGUGACCACUCAAGGUCCACCAAGUCCCAGCCAGGGAAGCCUAGCCCCAACCACAAACACAGCAGAAGAGAGCAAACGAUCAACAAAGACAAAGGGAAAAGGUGAAAAUUCCAUAUGGUAUGAGUAUGGUUGUGUGUAACUACUGUUCAUCUGUAUACCUGACCAGUGUAUGUGAUGACUUGAAAGCAUACAAGAAUGGCAGAAUGUAUCAACACAUGAUCCAAGGUUGUUCAAAUGAAAUCUUGUUGGGUGUUGGUCUGGGUGAAGGAAAAGACACUAUUAAAAAUGGUCCCUAUGGUCAGUAAGGCAGGUAUCUGAUUGAUGUGGCCAGCAAAUAGAUCUCAUCUUUGGGCUGCUGCUGAAGUCACUGCACCAUUGCCAGCUUUGCAUCUUCAUCUGGCCCUGGGCGAAAAACAGGUCACAUUUGAACAGCCCGCAUAACAGAUGAAGCAUAAAUGUUCAUCACCAUUUCAUUUUACAAGUGGCUUGGUCCUUUGGUUGUACACAUUCUUGCCAUUUGUCAAGCUCUCAGGAACUGGGUAUUUCCAUCUGAGAUGGAAUCACAUGACAGUUUCAAAAUAUGAGUAAAUGUAUGUGCACACUUUGCUCCAACAUCUAUUCUGUAUAAGUACGGGCAUGCUGGUCAAGUGGUUUGAAAUGUUACCAGAUAGAAGUGAUUGUUGCAUUUAACAAGGCUACCACAAAAUGUGGUAGAAAAUGUUUUUUAUUAUUAUUCAGUCGACAUAGUACGAUGCUACAGUAUAAUAUUUCUAAUGAGGCAGAAAAUUUUGUGUUUACUGUAAUUUCCAGCAUGUUGAACAUGUUUAUGGAAUUGGUUGUGCAAAAAAUUUGUUAUAGUGAAAUCCUUAAAUCACCAAAUAUGUAUGAAUUCAAAGAAUAUCAGUUGCUUAGUUGGCCUGGUAGAGGUGUAUUAUGAAACAGGAUUUUUCACCCCUUCUAUGGAGUCCAGUUCCUUCAGGUUGAUACCUUAUUCUUUUAUAAGUAGGGGGAUCAUAAUUAGAGAUUGUGUUUUCAAGAAGUUCCUUCCAGUUUAUUUUGUAGUCUUGCAUAAAAAAUAAAAUGUUAAAAAGACAAUAAUUUUAACAUUUUAUAUUCAAUGUUAUUGCACAUUAUGAAUUGUAAAGCUUUAAAAAACAAUUGCUUCACACCCACUUUCAGUAAUGAAGCAAAACUUCCGGUGUUGUUUCAGUUUAUUUUAAUUAAUAUGGAGUUUCUUAUGCUAUUAUUUGUGUGUGUAUUUUUCUCUAUUCUUUCACUUGUCACAGAACUUGUAUCUCAAAUGUUACAUGGUUCUAAAUGCUGACUCAAUUCUCAGAACGUACUGACAAAUAAUGGAUUUUAUAUUUUAUUUUUUAACUUUGAGUGUCAUGCCAUUUUUUCUGAGCUUUCUAUAUUUAAUUCUGUACUGCCUUUACAUGACCAGUGUUAGUCCAUAAAUCCUUAUCAGUUACAUAUGAUAUUCAUUUGACUACAUGUUUCAAACAUGAUUCAGUCAUUCAAUAUAUAUAUAUAUAUAUAUAUAUGUAGAAUGACAGACAUGGCAGUUUGAUAAAAAUGCAUAUGUGUGUGGCUUGAAGAUGACCUAACAGAGGUUCAAGCACAUAACCAAUUUUAUAAUGGGCAUUGUACAUGAUACCUAAGGAUGUACAUACAAACAUUGAUUGUGUAAAGAUGGUACAGAAUUAAAUAUAUAAAAUUUUAUUGUGUCUUUGUGAUUGGUGGAUAUUGACCUAUUAAGAGCGAUGCUGUAUUAAAACAGCAUAAUGAGCUGCAUAUUUAUCAACUUGAAACCACUGUAAACUGCAAUGUCUGGUGACUAAUUGUUUAUAAA